UACCUUUGUGCAAGUUGCGGUACAACAUUAGCCUUGCAAGAUGAACUAAUCUCAAAAGCAUUCUCAGGUCGGGAUGGAAAGGCAUACUUAUUCUUUUCAAUCUUGAACAUUCGUUCAGGUCAAAAAGAAGACCGACAACUUUUGACUGGGUUACAUACCGUUGCUGACCUUAGCUGUGCAACUUGUCAAAGAAGCGUUGGUUGGUCUUACCUUCGUGCAUUCGAAGCAAGUCAAAGGUACAAAGAAGGAAAGUUUAUCCUCGAACGUGCCAGUUUACACAAAUCGAACAAUUGGUCA